AUGACUCCGCUGAUGGCCCCGUUGCCGCGGGAGAGAGUGACGCCGGCGCCACCUUUUCAAGUCGCCGGCGUAGAUUACGCGGGACCGGUCACCUUGACCGCAGUACGCGGACGAGGACGCUCUUCAAUUAAGGGAUACAUUGCCGUGUUCGUAUGUUUUACCACUCGCGCCAUCCAUUUGGAGCUCGUGGGUGACUACUCGUCCGAGGCGUUUCUGGCCGCGUUCCAGCGAUUUUCGGCGCGUCGCGGAGUGCCAGCGGUGCUAUAUAGCGACCAGGGCACAACAUUUAUCGGGGCUGACCGAGCGCUGCGCGCCCAGCUCCGAACUGCGUUGGAUGUGGGAGGUCCAGUGGCUCGGGCUCUUGCGGCGGACGGUACGGAGUGGCGUUUCGUACCUCCGUCAGCGCCUCACUUUGGCGGACUGUGGGAGGCCGGGGUGCGGUCGGUGAAACACCACCUGCGGCGCGUGCUGGGAGAAAGGCUGCUCAGCGUAGAAGAGUUCUCCACCUGGCUGACACGUGUGGAGGCGUGGACCCUGAGCCCGCUAACUCAGGAUCCGGGGGAUCUGGACGUCCUCAGCCUUGGGCCAACAGAACUUAGUACAAUUGAGCUCACGACUCCGCGCGAGUCGUAG